CGUACGAAAAAGUCAACGUCCGAAAUGAAGUGGACUGCAACUGUGGACUUAAACCGACUCUUAAUUCUUGAUUUUGUCGGUUUCGCAACAACUCAACAACCACCUCUUCCAUCCAAAAUCCAAAUCCAAACUUUCCCUUUCUCAAAUUUCAGCAAUUAAACAAACAAAAUUACGAUCAGAUCCGCCUCUGACCUGUUAUCACAUGGCAGUGGCAUCGGAAACCGCGCAGAGGAUCGCUCCGUUGCCGAUGGAGUCUUCUUCUGCUUUGGCGGCAGCCGAACCGUCUUCGCCGCCGGUUACUAUUUCUUGCGAUUAUGCUGACUCACCUGCUCGCAGUGAUCUCUCCGAUUCCUCUCAAAACCCUAACAGAGACUUGGAAAUUCAGUUGGCAUUGAGGAGUGAAGAGUAUAGACAGCUUUUCCGUCUGCCAGCUGACGAAGUUCUUGUGCAGGAUUUUAAUUGUGCAUUUCAAGAAAGCAUUCUUCUUCAGGGGCAUAUGUAUCUUUUUUCGAGCUAUAUUUGCUUUUAUUCCAACAUUUUUGGAUUUGAGACAAAGAAAAUAAUUCCCUUCGCUGAAAUUUCAACUGUAAAAAGAGCCAAGACAGCUGGGAUAUUCCCUAAUGCUAUAGAAAUUUUUGCGGGGGAGAAAAAGUACUUCUUUGCAUCAUUCCUCUCCCGUGAUGAAGCCUUCAAGCUUAUUAAUGAUGGAUGGAUGCAGUGUGUUAACGGUACUAAAGUACUAACGGGCGAGCAGGAAUCAAUAUCUAGGUCUGAAAGCCUUGAUAUUGGCGCUGUUGUAAUCGAAAAAGUCAAUAGCCUUGUAGAAGUCGAUCAGUUGGAUUCUGAUGACAGGCAUAAGGACGCUUCUCCAUCAACUGACUAUAAUCUUUCAGCUCCUUCCCCUGUUGAGAUUGAGACAGUGCCAGUAAGACUUACGGAGACACGAGAAAAUUUCGAAAAGAAUGUUGAACCAGAUAGAUAUAUGAACUCUUCAUCUCCAACAAGAACUUCAACAUGGAUUGAAGAAAAUACAGAUGCACCAGAGAUUCGAAAAUCUUAUACCAAAGUAGGAGAAACUAAAUUUCCGAUAAAAGUUGAGGAGUUUUUCAAUUUGUUCAUUUCAGAUAAUGCUAACAACUUUAUUGAAUCUUUCCAUGAAAAAUGCGGAGAUAAGGAAUUCAAGUGCUCUCUGUGGCACCCGCAGGAGAAAUUUGGAUAUACUCGUGAUGUGUCAUUUCAACAUCCUAUAAAACUUUAUUUUGGUGCAAAAUUUGGCAGCUGCCAGGAAGUCCAGAAAUUUCGAGUAUACAGAAGCAGCCAUUUGAUUGUUGAGACAUCACAAGAAGUCAGUGAUGUACCUUAUGGAGAUUAUUUUCGUGUUGAGGGGAUCUGGGAUGUAGUCAAAGAUGAUGGUGGGUCAAAGGAAGGCUGCAUUUUGCAGAUAUAUGUGGAUGUGGCAUUCAGCAAGAGAACCGUUUUCAAAGGGAAAAUAGUGCAAUCUACUGUAGAAGAAUGUCGUGAAGCUUAUGCAACAUGGAUAAAUAUGGCACAUGAUGUACUGAAGCAGAAGAAAAUUGAAAGAGUAGAAGAAGGUCCGAGCAUGAUUCAGAAUGGUGAAGGGGAUUCUGAAAGGUUGGUGAAGGCUCUGGAUGCUUCAGAAAUAUCAAGCCAAUCAAAUGACGACGGGAGGACAGCACGGAUAUCUGGUGCCUUGGAUGAUAAUGUACGGACCGGUAACCUCAUGCAAGGAAAUUUUACAGAUGCUACAGCAGUUACAUCAUUAUUAGGAGAAUAUGCGACAAAGUCCGUUACCUUUUUGAAAAGCCAGAGCCAGAUUUCCCUGGUCUUGAUUGUGGCAUUUGUUGUCAUAUUUCUGAUGCAGGUGAGCAUAGUUGUCCUAUUAAACCGACCCCAAAAUGUCCACGUGGUUUCCCCAGGAGACUACUACUUUGGUGGUCUGAUGAGCGACAAAUCGACGGAGGCUGUGGCUUGGCUGGAAAGGCGGAUGCACCACCUUAAAGAUGAGAUGCUUAUGGUUGAGGGACAUCUUGAGAGGUUGCGACACGAGCAUAAUUGGUUAAAAUCCCAGUUGAAAGAUCUCGAUGGUCUUGAAAAGGGUAAGUAAAUAACCUGAAUAUUGUAUGGAUCACGAUUUUAAGUAAAUGUGCUUUUCUUAUUUCA